UUGUUCACCACAUCACACUCACAGACCACCAACAAUGAGAUAUGGGUGCCAUCCGGUGACCAUUCGCUUACUCCGCAAGAGUUGUGCGUCUUUGACGAUAUGGCAACAAGCUUAGUUAUAGAUUCAGUGCUGGACUUUCAAACCCAUAAAAUGCAUCCUAGGAGAAGAUACGUCAGGCAAGAUGAACGUCUGGUAGUUGUUGACAUUAUGCGUCAAUUUCGAGAGUCUAACAACUUUGCUCAAGCGCUGUUGCAAUUCUUUUCCUUGCGUUCCGUCAAGGAUUUCAUUCAACGUCUAACCCUCCAGAAACAAGCGGCACUUAGAGACCAUAUAGUUCGUUUCUUGAACGUCUUCUGCUCAAAAGCCGGUUUUACUAUAGACAUAUGUAGUCGAUAUGCAGCUGAACAAAAUAUGGGAGCUAAAUUAGUUGCGACUCGUUUUUGGCAACGAGGUGAUAAAAUAGAACGGCUUUGUGGUGUGAUUAGUGAGAUGAAUGAUGAAGAAGAGGAACAAAUACUGCGACCAGGAUUAAAUGACUUCUCAGUCAUGUACAGCAUGAGAAAAAAGUGCGCACAGUUGUGGUUAGGACCAGGAGCGUACAUCAACCAUGAUUGCCGUCCUAGUUGUCGUUUUGUUCCGAAUGGGCAUACUGCCUACAUUCAGAUUUUACGAGAGCUAAAGCCUGGUGAUGAAAUCACUUGCUUUUACGGAGAAGAUUUCUUCGGAGAAGGGAAUGAGAAAUGCGAAUGUAUCACUUGUGAGAGAACUGUUGCAGACGUGGUAAAGGAGUGUUUGCCAGCCGAGAAGAAAAUAGUGAUAACGCUUCGGGAAGCAGUGUAG